AUGCUGCCCCGCUACACCAAGCGCGGCCAGAAGGCGCUGCGCCAGCUCGUCGCGUACGAGGGCGUUCCCACGAAUGUUGUGCGCACCGGUGGCCGUGUGGUGAUCCCCAAGGCGCAGCGUCACUACUGCUACCGCGGCGAGCGUCCCUACACGGUGCUGGGCAACAUGUGCAAGCACGUUGGCUGGAAGUACAGCGAUGUGGUGAAGAAGCUCGAGACUGCCCGCGUGGAGAAGGCAACCCGCCACCACAAGAGGACGGAGAAGCUGCGCGUCGCCUGGAAGACCGCUCGCAAGGAGGCCCUUGCGAAGGUCUCCAAGAACAACCUGCAGGUGCUGAAGAAGUUCGGCUACGCUUAG